CCACGGCAACGAAGUUCUGUAUUUUAGUGCCUUUCUUUUCUGCAGAUCUGAAUUCUGGAAAGUUUUCUGCAGCUUAGAUGAAAUUCUGGUUAGAUACACAGCUUGUUUGAUCGAGAAAUGGUUAGAGGAAUCAUCAAUUGAUUGUCGAUUUCUCUUUCGAACAAUCUGCUGCGAAGGGGGGAAUUCUCAUUUCUGGGCUGUGUAUUUGGGGGUUUCUCCGUUGGAUUUUAUGCUUCUAAUCUGGCAGCAUGAGGAAGAAGCUCGAUACCCGCUUCCCGGCUCUACUGGGUUGCUGUGAUUUGGGAGGAAGUGAGGAAAAGGCUCGCAUAAAAAAAAUCAUGCAAGCUGAUGAGGAUGUUGGCAAGAUAGCCCUGGCAGUGCCUGUCUUAGUGUCUAAAGCAUUGGAAUUGUUUUUGCAAGACCUUUGUGAUCGUACUUAUGAAGUUACCCUUCAUAGAGGAGCAAAGACCAUGAGUUCACUCCACCUAAAACAUUGUGUCCAAAGCUAUAAUGUGUUUGAUUUUCUGCGAGAAAUUGUUAGCAAGGUUCCUGAUUAUGGCCAUGGUCAUGGCCACCCUGAUGCACCUGCGGAUCACAGAGUCCUUCAUAAGAGGAAGCCCAUUAUGGAUGAAGGCAAUGAGAGCGAUGAAGAAAUGAAGAGAAGCAGGAUGCAUGAUACAAGCCACACAGUCGUUACUGGUCGAGGGAGAGGUCGUGGUCGAGGGAGAGGUCGUGGUCGAGGUGCUCGAAACGCGGAUAGAGAAUUGGCUCAUCGUGAGGCCGACUCUGAAGCUGCUUGUACUACUCCACGCGGCAACAUCCCAGUUCCUGGAACGAUGAUAGAUGACGGAAUGGAUUCAAAGGAGAUGUUGGUGAAAGAGCCUAUGGAAGCAGUUACAGAUGGUACAGCCAAUCAACCAGAACGAAACUUCGAUCUUAAUGCUGAGGUCAAAGACAACAACGAAGACACGAAAGCUGCAGCAGCAGCCGCGUUGCCAGCUUCUUCAGCAAUAGGUCCUGUGCCUGCUGGCCAAGGUUCGUCCACGGCACCAGAAACCACCACCCACGAAGAAUAUCCAGGUUGGUCGCUUUCAGAAGUCGACAAGAUGGCUAUUGAUCCCUUACAGCUGGCCCAGAUGAGCACGAGGAUGGACGAAGAGGAAGAAGACUAUGACGAAGAAGGAUGAUUUAUGAUGUCUCUUAUCAGUAAUAGUUAUUGGUCUCGCGUAGUUCGUAGAACCCAUCUGCUAACAGAAAACCCAAUGAUGUCCUAGUAGGGAUCUGUCUACUAUUUGAGAAGAAGACAGCAGUUUGUGUAAUGUAAGAAUCUAAUGUUAGGAGCAGCUAGCAGCCCGCAUCCAUGAUGGCCUUCCUCUGUCAAUACUGGUGGUUCAUGUAGAGCAGAAACUGUUGGAGCUAGAUUUCAGUUUGGCUUGGUUUGGAAUCCGUGAGCACAAGAAUCUAAACGAAAUAGCUUCAAUCUAUCCUAGUUUGAUCUGAAAUGAUCUUCGAAUGCUGAAAAGAAGAGAAUGAUCUACACAAUACGGCAGGAAGUCUAUAUAGCAUAUCAUCCAUUACAGGUUCACAAGCAAACCAUAAAGUUCCUGGUUGCCACAGGAUCACUCUUAAAACAUAAGCAAUAGCAAACCAUAAAGCUGCACAUAUAUGUACACAAAUCAGUGAGUUGGCUCCAUAUGAUAGAGAUGGAAAGUGCCUUCAGUAGUCUUGUGCACUUCGACCUUCAACUUCUCUUCGGUAGUCCCUCUCUUCACCUUGAGCACCAUAUGAAAUUUCGCAGCAUCGUCCACCACCUGCAGCAUUGCGAAACCAGCACUAAUAUAAGGAUGGAGUUGCGAGAUGAAAGGACAGAUGGGAAGUGAUACAAGGUCGCAACAAACCUCAGCUUUGGCAUCAACAACUUCUUGAAGUUCGUAAGGAAACAAUGAGUUGGAGCGCUGUUGAAUUGUCUUCAGAGCAUGAUCAGCUGCAUCUCGAACAGCAGGGUCAUGAGGUGCCACAUCCCUCAACCCAGAUCCAUGGCAUCCUGAAAUACGCACCCAGAUCAGAAGGGGUGAGCUGCGGGGAAUCACCAGCGUGCUUGAACUCCUGCAGUUCCUGGAAGUUCAUCCAUGGCUUCACCCACACUUUGGCUUCAUAGAGCUUCUUCUU